AUGUUACAAUUUUUUAAGAAAACAGGUAGAGACAAAUUUAAAUCUCAAAGCUCACCUGCCAAGUCAACGAGCUCUGAAAAGUCAUUUGUUGAUGGUUCGACGCUGACAAGAGGCUCGACAUUGUCAACGUCAACAUCAUCAUCGUCGAUAGGAGCAACAUCGUCUAUUUUAUCACGACCAUUAGCGUCUCGUAGUCUAGAAGAAGAGGAAGCUGACGAUGACGAAGAGAUACGUGACAGUUUAAAAAUAGAAAUAUCAUCAGCACGCUCGCGGUUGUCCAAAACAUUGAGCGAGAUACUCGAUGACAAAGAUGCGCUUGGGUACUUCAUGCAAUUCAUGGAGAGCCGAGGUAAAUUGGCGCUAAUUAAAUUCUGGAUGGAGGUUGAAUUUGUCAGGGAAACAGCUGAUGAGAAUAUUAUUGUCAAUAUUAUUAAUUCAAAUGAUAAUCUUACGGCUGAUGACAAUGAUAAUUGUCUGAAAGCCGGCUGUAAUGGUGAUAAUAAUGAGGAUUGUAAAAAUAAGGAUAAUAAUGAUUUUGAAAAUAAUCAACGACCAAAGACUAGGUUACUGUUAGAUAAUUCAAUGAAUUGUAAAAGUCAUGAUGGUGAUAGUGAAGAAAUGUCUAGUGUUUUUCAGGACGCCUUGAAAAUUUAUAAUAGAUAUAUUGUUAAGGAUAAUUUGAGAUUAGGAGAGCUUACGGUUGAAUUUAAAGCCCAAAUUGAAGCCGCUGCGAGUAAUUUAAAUGCAGUUAUGCUAAUUAAUGGGUUACUCUUGGCGCAAAAGAUUGUUUAUAAAGUUUUGGAAGAUGAGUAUAUUAAUGAUUUCUUACGAAGUGAAUUUCAUUGUAAGCAUCAAAUAGAUGUUUUAACGAGUGGUGAUGUUAAAUUAGCUGAUAUAUUGUUCAACGAAACAGCAUUAUUUUAUUUUAUGGAGUUUAUGGAAGUAGAGAACAAACGAGAGUUACUGGAUUUCUGGAUGUCUGCAGUGAAUUACAAGCAAAAUCUUUUGGCAAAAACGACUAGUGACCCAACGGAAGCCCAAGCUGACGCUCUCGUAAUAUAUGAAAAGUAUUUUAGUCUCCAAGCGACAAUGCCUUUGGGUUUCACAGAUAAAAUAAGAUUUGAAAUAGAACAAAACAUAUGUCGCGAAGGCGAUGAUGGCCCACAACCAGAUUGUUUCGACAAACCCAGUAUAAUUGUAUAUAAUUUUUUAACAAAACAUUAUCUACCUGCCUUCUUAUCUUCCCAAUUGUAUUACAAAUACUUAUCAGAGUUAAUCAGCGCGAUUCAAAGCGGCGCUUGUGCUUCUCACUCCCAUCAACGUUUGAAAAGAGCAGAGUCUGACUGUAGCAGUGAAAUAAGUAUUUUUAGCCUAGGAAUGCACGAUACAUCACAAAUGAGUAAUAAUGAGGAUGAUAAUCGUUCAUCACGUGAUAAUAAAAUAAAUGGUAGUUUAAAUAUUGAUACUCGGCAACUUUAUGAUCCCGAUUCACUCUGGAAACGUCAUAAGUACAGUUUGAGUGUCGGAUAUGUUGAUAGUAUGGGACGAUUCGUCACUGAGAUAGAACGAGAUCCUCAUCGUAAAUAUGAAUCUCGUUUAUCACGAGCAGUCAAGAGACUCAUCCACAUGGAAGAAGAUAAGGCUAAAGAAGAAUUAGCGUGGAAAAUAGCAGAGAUGAUUGUACGUGAGAUAACGUCGCUUACUUUGGGUGUACCAGAACUUCCAUCUUGA